AUGCCAUCAAUGUCAGAUACACGAAGACUUAAUCAAGGUUCCUCCGACAGAACUACAUGCAAUGAGCUCCCUUUGGCCAUUUGUGGCAUGGGGAUGGACGUCAUCGGACCCAUGGAGCCACCGGCAUCCAACGGACAUCGUUUCAUCUUAGUCGCCAUCGACUACUUCACCAAGUGGGUGGAAGCAACUUCUCACAAAUCAGUGACCAAGAAAGUUGUGGCUGACUUCGUCAAGAACAAUCUCAUAUGCCGUUUUGGUGUGCUCGAGUCUAUCAUAACAGACAAUGGAGCAAAUCUGAAUACCCAUAUGAUGAAAGACAUCUGUGAACAAUUCAAGAUAACUCACAGGAACUCUACCGCUUACCGGCCACAGAUGAAUGGAGCCGUAGAGGCUGCUAACAAGAACAUCAAAAUAAUCUUGCGAAAGAUGAUCGAUAACAACAAGAAUUGGCACGAUCAGCUGCCUUAUGCUUUAUUAUGGUACAGAACAACGACUUGGACAUCUACCGGAGCAACCCCAUAUCUCCUUGUCUACGGCACAAAAGCGGUCAUACCCGCAGAAGUGGAUAUUCCCUUACUCAGGAUCAUCCAAGAAGUAGAACUGAAUGAUGCAGAAUGGGUCAGAAACCACUAUGAGCAGCUAGCCAUGAUCGAUGAAAAAAGAAUGGUGGCAGUAUGCCACAGACAGCUAUACAGACAGAGAAUAUCCCGAGCUUUUAACAAACGGGUUAGAGCCCGGCUCUUCAAAAUUGGACAACUCGUACUCAAGAGAGUCUUCCCUCACCAAGAAGAAUACAAAGGGAAAUUUGUGCCGAAUUGGCAAGGACCAUACAUGGUCAGAAAAGCACUCUCGAGAGGAGUCGUGGUCCUAGCCUAG